CAGUAUCUGACAUAUUUGACUUUCUACAGGCUCCACAACCUCGUACUCCAGCUCGGCGUUCAGUGUGGUUCAGACGCUCCCAUCUUUUCUGUUCAGUUUCUCAGAUUUGCAGGUAGUGCGGCCACUAAGCAGCCAUGGAUGCCAUCAAGAAGAAGAUGCAGAUGCUGAAGCUCGACAAGGAGAAUGCCUUGGACAGAGCUGAGCAGGCCGAGUCAGACAAAAAAGCAUCUGAGGACAGAAGCAAACAGCUUGAGGAUGACCAGGUAGCACUGCAGAAGAAGCUAAAGGCAACUGAGGAUGAGUUGGACAAGUACUCUGAAGCCUUGAAGGAUGCCCAGGAGAAACUGGAGCUUGCUGAGAAGAAAGCCACAGAUGCUGAGGGAGACGUAGCUUCCCUGAACAGACGGAUCCAGCUGGUGGAGGAGGAGUUGGACCGCGCUCAGGAGCGUCUGGCCACGGCUCUGACCAAGCUGGAGGAGGCUGAGAAGGCUGCCGACGAGAGUGAGCGAGGCAUGAAAGUCAUUGAGAACAGGGCAAUGAAGGAUGAGGAGAAAAUGGAGCUCCAGGAGAUCCAGCUGAAAGAGGCCAAACACAUCGCAGAAGAGGCUGACCGCAAGUACGAGGAGGUGGCCCGGAAGCUAGUGAUCAUUGAAAGCGACCUGGAACGUACAGAGGAGCGUGCUGAGCUGUCUGAGAGUAAAUGCUCUGAGCUUGAGGAGGAGCUGAAGACCGUGCAGAACAACCUAAAGUCUCUGGAGGCCCAGGCAGAGAAGUACUCGCAGAAGGAGGACAAGUACGAGGAGGAGAUCAAGGUUCUCACAGACAAGUUAAAGGAGGCUGAGACUCGUGCAGAGUUCGCUGAGAGAUCAGUCGCCAAGCUCGAGAAGACCAUAGAUGACUUGGAGGACCAUCUAUACAAGCAGCUUGAGAAAAACCGUCUUCUGACCAAUGAACUGAGAGUAGUCCUAAAUGAGGCCUAAUCUGGAAAAGGAUCACUUAUGCUGGCAUUUUUUUAAACUGCAGAAUCCAGAAGCGUUGUGGAUUUAUUAGAUUAAGCAGACAAAUCUGCACGCGCUAAAGAAGAGGGCCUGAGGGUUAAGCAGAUGCUGGAUCAGACCCUACUGGAGAUGGUUAAUAUUUGACCCAGCUCUGUUCCUCUCCACUACCUGACUUUGUGUUCCGAUUGACCGGCUCCCACAAACUGCUGCUGUUGCUACAGUGGACAUGUGGGUCUGUGCUUAUUUGUACCUCUGGCAUUGUUAACUACAGGACACAAGCUCUGUAUGAAGUAGCAGAAAAAGCUUUGAGCUACAGCUCAGCUACAGUGUUUAUAUUGCACGUUCUGUUCAAAGUCCUGUUUAAGUUCACUGUUCCUGUCUAAUGGUUUACAUGUAUGUGUUUGGAAUUUGCACUUUUGGUGAAAAAACAAACUGCACAUGAUCCUCAUAAAUGAAGCCAUAAUUUAAGCCAAACCUGUAUAAAAGGGACUUUUAUUACAUGUACUUUUGUAAAAUCAUUUGUUAGUUUUCUUUCAUAUAAACUCUCAUUCAGUGUCUGAUCUUUUUCUUUCUGCAGUUUAAGGAUUUUCUUUUUUUUUUUUUUUUUUGCACAUGUGCUGUUCUGUGCCAGCUAUGUGAAGCAAGCACUUGUGUUGAGUACUGUUUCUAAUGUUUUCUCUUGCAAAAGCUAAUUUGAUUUUUUUCUGACCUUUUUAUCUUGGAAAUGUAUAAAUCAUUAAUAAAUGAUGGAAUGAAA